AACUAUUGCAGUGGACCAUAAGAACCUGGAGCCCAGUCACCUGAUUUAGGAAGCACAACAAGAUAUUAGAUGUCACUAGAUCACUACAUUGGGCUGCCAGGGACUUCCUGCUAUGACUGUAAGGCAGACAAGACAGAAAACUGACUUUUAUAACUCUUCUAUUGUGUGACUGUGUGUGUAUGGCAAAAGGAGACUGGGGGAAAACUAUUUACAGGGAUCUAACCUGAGGAAUGUUGUAAGGGGAAGGAAUUUUUAAUUAGAGAAGAUUAAAUUGGAGAUACUAAUUUGGGAGGGACGGCUUAAUUGCAGGGUAUUAUGUUUCUAUGUAUUGUGGGCAUCUGGUUUAGGGAGGGAAGGGGUUAAGUAAUUAUUUAUAUAGCGCCAACAUAUUCGUCAGAGCUUCACAAUUAUAGAAUGGGAAUAAUUGAGAACAAGUAGUUGAUAUAGAAAAUAACAGUGACAAGAGGCGAAGGAGGCCCUGCUCAAACAGGUUUACAAUAUAUAAAUGAAGUUUUAAAUUUUAGGAAGGGUUUAAUUUUCAGAAGACCUGAAUUUAGGAAGGGCAGUUAAUCGUCAGUUGAUGUUGGGAUAUGAAUAUAAUAUACUUGACACAAAGGUGUAAAUGGAAUGAUAUUACUUGGGUGUAACAAUUCGAUUUGUUAUUGUAUAUUACGUAGCACCACAGUAAUAGGCGGCGUUUAAGUAUAGUAUAAAGCUCUGUAGUAAUGUGUGUUAACAUUUAUUUAUUUUUUUUCGUCAGAAAUAUCUUUACCGAUAUUGAGAACUGAAUCCACCACUGGUUGUGCCAGGCAUUAUUGAAAGUGUUGUAUAAAGGUUGUUUUUCUUAAAGGACAUUUUUUAGUUUAGCACACAUAUAAAGAUAUAUAUUUUACUUUAUAUUCACCAUUGUGGCAGCAUAGCACUAUUCACGCUAGAUAGGUUUGUUUUGUAUGGUCCCAGGAUAGGAUCAGCUAGGUACCAUAUUAUAUAAAGCAUCGUAGCACAUUGUACUACUAUUCUACUAUAGCAGACAUUGACUAGGGUGAAUGCAAGAAAGGCCGUGCAAGAUACAGUUCAGAAUAGAGCAGUGCCAGGGCACCUAAUGGCGUUCUGCAACAACUCGGUGCUCAGCCUGGUCAGGAAGAGCCAUUCAAGCAUUUACCCCUUUUUCUGCGGGAAGCUUCCAAUCUGCAGGAGACUUACCAGAUCAGCUCAUCAGUUUAAUCCAAGGUUCGGUCUUCUGUUUGAUAUUGAUGGAGUCAUAGUGAGAGGCAGGAACCCUAUAUCAGGGGCAGCUGAAGCAUUCAAAAAACUGACCGGCAGUGAUGGGAAGCUGGCAGUGCCAUUGGUGUUUGUGACAAAUGCAGGAAAUUGUCUGCGCCAACAUCGGGCAACAGAACUGAGCUCAGUGUUGGGUGUUGAGAUUUCUGCUGAUCAAAUUAUCCUGUCUCACAGUCCCCUGCGGAGGUUCAGUCAUUUCCACGACAAGUGGGUGCUCAUAUCUGGUCAGGGACCAGUGCAGGAAAUUGCAAAGGAUGUGGGUUUCCGUAAAAUAAUUACCAUUGAUGAUCUUAGAGCAGCGUACCCAAUGCUAGAUAUGGUGGACCACAGCCGCAGGCCCAAGAAUUCACCCCUCAUUAGUUCGGCUUUUCCUGCCAUUGAAGCUGUGGUCCUGAUUGGUGAACCAGUUCGAUGGGAGACCAGCCUGCAGCUUAUCCUAGAUGUUUUGCUGAGUUCAGGAAGACCCUCUGAGUGGCUCUCACAGGUCCCGUAUCCACACAUUCCAGUCAUGGCUUGUAAUAUGGACCUUGUCUGGAUGGCAGAAGCCAAUGCCCCUAGAUUUGGCCAUGGUACAUUUCUGGUAUGUUUGGAGACUUUGUAUCACAAACUUACUGGGCAUCAACUGAAGUAUGAAGCUCUGAUCGGGAAACCCAGUACAGUGACAUACAGCUUUGCUGAGCACCUCAUUCUGAAGCAGGCCAAGGAGCGAAACUGGAGUAAUCCUAUCCAUACACUGUAUGCUGUUGGAGAUAAUCCAAUGGCAGAUAUAUAUGGAGCCAAUCUGUAUAAUCUACACCUCCAAAGCCAGCCAGGAAGGAUGGAGGACGGUCGCCCACAGAGCUGUCAGUCAAUCCUAGUCUGUACAGGGGUUUAUGGCAAUCAGAAAGAGGUGCCACCUGAUCCUCAAGAGAGUGUGACGCAGACAGUCUUCCAUGGGCACCGUGAUUUCCGCCUUGACCCCACUUUGGUGGAGGCUUCAUAUGUAGUGCAAGAUGUGGGGCAAGCCGUGGAUCUCGUGCUGAAAAAGGAGGGAUGGGUCUUAGAUCAAAUGGCGCCACCCCUGUGAGUCAGAGAAUGAGUGGCAGAGAUGACUGUGUAAAGGGAAAGUACAGUAGACUAGUAGUACUUUAUCUAAUAAGGUAGGUAUCAUGAAAAAUAAUCUUCCAUUCUAGAAGGUUGAGAUUAAUGAGAAAAGAGAGAAACAAAUUAAAAUUAAGGGGGGGGGGGAAGCAAUAUGGCCAAGACUAUAAAAAUAGAGGUGAUAAAUUAAAGGACUAUCAGACCAUUUUUUUAAUGGAAACACUAGACUCAAGUAUCAUGGUUCCAAAAAAAAAAAAAACUCUCCCAAUGUCUGUCAUUAUUUAAAACCAGAAGUGUGUUUCCAAACAUGGCCCAUUCGUUUGACUGAAUAAUGGCUUUGGAAAUUGAACCAAUCCGCUUUCCAUAAUAGCAACUUUGUAUACUUACAAAAAUAAUUUUAAAUUUAAGGCCAGAGUAGCUGAACUGUAAACAUAGUUGACUGAGAGAAUAUUUCCAGUUUGGCUAGUUUCACCGUUAAGGAACACUAUAGAGUCAGGAACACAAACAUGAAUUCCUGACCCUAUAGUGUUAUAACCACCAUUUAGGUGGUUUGCCCCCUAAAAGUUAAUAAACUUCCUUUAUUUCCACUGCCGCAAAGGUCUUCUGGCCCCGCCACGAUCCACUUCCUUGGCUGACAUCAGAAUCUAUUUCAGCCAAUUCAGUGCUUUCCCAUGGCAAAAUCAUUGGAUUGGCUGAGAUUGUCAAGUGGGUGUGACCAAACACUAGGUUGGCCAAUCAGCAUCUCCUAAUAGAGAUGCAUUGGAUCAAUGCAUCUCUAUGGGGAAAGUUCAGUAUAUCUCCAUGCAGAGCGUGAAGAUGCUGAAUGUUACUGCCCCAGGAAGCACAUCUAGUGGCCAGUGGAGAUGUCCCUAGGGAGCAAUGUAAACACUGCCUUUCCUCUAAAAAGGCGGCAGGGCAGGCUAUACUCGCCAGAACAACUACAUUAAACUGUAGUUGUUCUGUUGACUAUAAUAUCUCUAUAAAUUUGAAAUUCACUUUGAAUUUUCACGUUCGUGUAUAACCCCGUAAAUCAGAGAAAGGGCAUGAUGAAUAUUUACUACACUGCUUCUUGCAGAAAUGCUAUGUAAAGCUUUGAUAGCAAUGCAAUGAAGGAAAAUAUAUUCUUCUGUUAACACAACAUUGGAGUGCCAACUGUUUUUAUGACUGGUUUUAGAAGGGCAUUAACUUUACAUUAGUUAGUAUUGUAUCUUUCUGUCAACAGUUAGUUGAAUUCUGUUUUUAUAUGGGAUUUUAAAAUGAAGAGAUGCAAACAUACCCCAAAGAGACUCAACCGUACUUGCAACAGAAUGCUGAAAGGGCAGGACUGAAUCCGCUCACUUCAUAAGACAAGCCAAUUACAUGUCUAUGGUGCUUAAAUUCUGAACUGUAAAUUUAUCAGUCCAUUGUGCCUUUUGUUUUUAUUGAUGUAUGCAUGUGGGUAGCCUAGCCAUUGUCUGAUUAUAAAUCAUGUAAGCAUGCAGAUAGGGCUCUCAGAACUGGAGAUAUUUCAAAUUGUGGUGAGAGUGAGUUAGCUUGCAUCAGAGCAUUUGUCUACAAUCAAAGGUGCAUUUUAGGGCACAUCAGCAGUUCUUCUAGACAGCACUGAUUGGAGGUCCUUACAGGCAGCCUGUUAUCCUGGCACACAUGGAUGACACCAAGCUCCAAUGGGAGAUCUUCAUCUGCUCCGAAACUCAACCAUCCAUCCUAACUUCAGAUCUGCCAGCAUGGGCAGGUCUGCGAAUGUACUUAAUUUGUUUGUGGCAAUCAAUUU